GGCCGGCGAGGGUGACGUAACGUCAGCGGGUACAGGUGGGCUGUGGCCGGCGCUGGUGCUUUGCGUACUCGGUCUGCGCAGCCAUGCGGCCCUCCGGUACGUCCCCGUGGGCCGGCGCGCCGCUGUGACGUAGUCCUGCGGGCGGUCCCUGAUGCUGCGGCGCCCGCUGGUCGGGCUGGCUGUGGCCGCCCUGGGUCGGGUCCCUGCGGACGGCAUGGCAGGACCUAGACCAGUCGUGCUGAGCGGGCCAUCAGGGGCAGGGAAGAGCACUCUCCUCAAGAAGUUGUUCCAGGAACACGGCAGCAUCUUUGGCUUCAGCGUGUCCCAUACCACAAGAAACCCACGACCCGGCGAAGAAGAUGGCAAAGAUUACUACUUUGUGACCAGGGAGCUGAUGCAGCGUGAUAUUGCCGCAGGGGACUUCAUUGAGCAUGCUGAGUUCUCAGGGAACCUGUAUGGGACAAGCAAGGAAGCUGUUCGGGCUGUGCAGGCCAUGAACCGUAUUUGCGUGCUAGAUGUUGACCUACAAGGUGUGCGCAGCAUCAAGAAGACUGACCUGCGUCCCAUCUACAUCUUUGUACAGCCUCCCUCACUGGACGUGCUGGAGCAACGGCUGCGACUGCGUAACACUGAGACUGAGGAGAGUUUGGCAAAGCGGCUGGCAGCUGCACAGACAGACAUGGAGAGCAGCAAGGAGCCUGGCUUGUUUGACCUGGUGAUCAUCAAUGAUGACCUGGAUAAAGCCUAUGCAACUCUGAAGCAGGCACUCUCUGAGGAAAUCAAGAAAGCUCAGGGAACUGGCCAUGCCUGAGGCCUGUUUCAUUCCACAGGGUGAUGCCUGUGGUCUAAAUUUGCCUGGAUUACAAGGUGGGGGGAACUUUGCCAUGGCACCAAGGACUUGUAGUAGGCCUCCACUGUGCAGUAGAAGGAGCUAUCCCUUGUCUGGCCACAUGGUGGCUCUGCACCCUGGCUGGCUUACUGAGGCUGAAUGACUCCGAAGAGUACCCACAUCUCUUCUCCUGGGCUAUUUGUGUUCCUUUCCCUGUUCCUCCUGCUGGAGCGGGACUGACUUCUUAAUAAAGUAAUUAUUAUUGA